UUAUUGCAAAUUCACACUGCAAAGUUUUACAGUGUGUGGUUUUAUAAUCUGUACUGUGUCUGAGUUGUGGAGCAGUGAACAAUCUUGCUAAAGCAUUUAGUCUUUCAUGUGAGCUGCACGCUGUCUGGUUGAGCCUCCAGGGCCGGUUCAAACCCUGACCCUCUAAUCCUCAGUACUGUGACUCUCACAUGAUGCUGGAAUGCUGUGCCGUGGCCCACUCAAAAUCGCUCCCUUCUGUCUUCUCUACCCCUCAGCCGACCAGGAUCCAUCUCUGAGCGUUCUGGAGGAUAUAACGCGUCCACUCCCGGUAUUUGGGAGGUAUGGGGUGGUUCCCGUCUUUUGGGAGAUUUUUAUCUUUCUGGGAGCGGAGGACUCAAUUUCAGAAUGAAGAGAACAAACCUCUAAUACCAAAGGGAGAUGUAAAAACAUCAGAAGGUGCCUCAGCUGUCUCGUAUCUGGGAACGCACGACAGUUCAGGAAGUCAGACCAGCUCGAAGUUUUCCAGCCAUGAACGGUCAACCAGAGCUUCAUCUUGGAAUGUCUUCACUUCCCGUGUUCCCAGUCCAUCCAGUUGGAGCGACUAUAUUCUGAAGUAUCUCCUCAUCACGAGCAACCUGCUCUUCACUGUUCUGGGUCUGGUCACACUAGUAGUAGGCCUGUGGGGCCUGAUCAAUAAAGAGUCCUUCGCUCAGGAGAAGAUCAGCGGUAUCGGCACGGACCCCAUGCUGCUCUUCACAUUUCUUGGUUUGGUUCUCGCCCUGCUGAGCCUGACGGGAUGCGUGGGGGCGCUGCGGGAGAACAUGUGCCUUCUUCGGACCUUCUCGGCCGCCGUGCUGCUCCUGGUGGUGGCGCAGGUUCUGGCGGCGGUCAUAGUUUACAGCCUGCAAGGCCAGAUUGUGGAGUACUUGCGCUCAGGCAUGCUGGCUGCCAUGGUGCGGUACCAGGACGACCUGGACCUGAGGUUCAUCACUGAUGAGAUCCAGACGGGCCUGCAGUGCUGCGGGGCGGAUACUUACAGAGACUGGGAAAUCAAUGUGUAUUUCAACUGUUCGGCUCCAGGGAUCCAGGCUUGCGGAGUGCCCCCUUCAUGCUGUGUAGAUCCCCUAGAGAACGGGACGGUGUGGAACACCCAGUGUGGAGUGGGCGCCCAACAGCUGGAUGAGUUCUCCGCUCAGAGCGUGAUCUUCCUGGGCGGCUGUUUGGGAAGCAUCUCCCGCUGGAUUGAGCACAACGGUGGAGUGAUUGUCACGGUAGUCAUAAUUCUGCUGGGGGUCCAGAUUCUCACUCUGUUCAUAACGACACAUCUGAUACAGAAGAUACGGUGGAACAGAGCUCAGCAUGAUGUGUACUUACAAUCACUGCAAUAAAUGGACUCAGAUGUUUUCAAUAACAGGAUAUUAUGCCAUAGGGAUUCUGAACCAGCCUAGAUUUAAUGAAUUCAUUGCAUCUGGCAUCUGGAGAUGUUAAGCUGUUUAUUCUGGAGACAAAUAGUCUAGGAAUUUUAUGAUAGCAUGUAAAAUCUUAAAGGCAUUAGAAGGUCCAUAUUGGUUUUCAUUGUUUGUUUGUGAAUGUUUUCAUAAAAUACCUAUUCUUAGUUGGUAGUUGUUUAAAUUACCAAAUCUCAUGCUCUACACACAUAUGCAGACAGAGCUUCUACCUACGCAAGCUUUUUGAAUAUGAUCACAUUUCGAAAUGUCUUAAAGUGCAAUUCAUAACGUAACACUAAGGUGCCCCAAGCCACUCUAUAGUGAACAUUAUUGAGUUAACAUCAGUCAGCUUAAAGUGUUAGUGCACCCAAAAAUGAAAUUUCCGUCAUUAAUUACUCACCCUCAUGUCAUCCCAAACCUGUAAGACCUUCAUUCAUCUUCAGAACACAAAUUAAGAUAUUUUUGAUGAAAUCUGAGGGUUUCUAAACUACACAUUGACAGCAACAUCAUUGCAUCUCUUGAGGUCCAGAAAGGAACUAAAGACAUUCAAAUAGAAUUAAAAUAUUCCUUGGGCUUUAGCACCCACGGAAAUGGUCGAGCAUCCAAGGAAAAAUACACGAUUGAAAAUUGAUUGCAGCUUUCAGACAUGGCUUUGUUUUCGAUGUUAUAGUUCAUUUGAAGCAGUUUCUAUGAUGUUAUUAUUUUAUUGACAAAUGCUGAGAGUGUAUUAUAGUAAAGCAAGAGCGCAUCUAUGUAAUGCUCGAGCAUUUCUUUUCACAAGACACAAAUAACUUCUGUGCAAUUAAUUCAUCAAACGCACCAUCAAGCGAAAAAAAAAAAAAAACACCACCAAAUAUAAUUCAUGUAAUGAGAGCAAUGAGAAGGUGGAGUGUGGCACCCACCGGCAGAAACAUAAAUUGGUCCACAUAACUACAGUGGUUCAACCUUAAUGUUAUGAAGCAACGAAAAUAAUUUUUGUGCGUAACAACAAAACAAAAAUAACGACUUUAUUUAACAAAUUCGUCUCUCAACUCGUCAUUCUCAUACGUUAUUUACAUUGCGGCACAUCCAGGUUCUACGUUCAAAUGCCGACUCAUUAUUGGCCGGCUCCUGCGUCAGCGUCACACACAUGCAUUGUGCUGUUCAUGUGUACAGCUUCAACCAAUAUUGAGCCGGGUUCGUCACGUUGACUGUAGUCACAUUUACUAUUUUUACAAUGUCUUUAAUACCUUUCUGGACCUCAAAAGAUGCAAUGACGUUGCUGCCAGUGUGUAUUCCAGAAACGAUCAGAUUUCUUUAAAAAUAUCUUAAUUUGUGUUCUGAAGAUGAAUGAAGGUCUUACUUGUUUGGGACGACAUGAGGGAGAGUAAUUAAUGACAGAAUUUUCAGUUUUGAGUGAACUAACCCUUUAAUGUCAACUGUGCUUUGAGUUCUUGUUUAUUUUGUACAAUAUAAAAUUUUGAUUUAAUAAAAUAAUUUUACAUUUAUGAUCUUUAA